GUGACGCGGUGACCGAGGAAGUGCUACAUUUCGACGUGUACAUCCUCACGCUGUGCUUCCGGUUAAUCAAAAGCGUGAUCAGUCGUGCUCGGUCUCUCUUCCCUUCCUCGGCUCGCAGUAGAGGCGUUUCGUAGGAUUCUCCCGGUUCCUUUACCUCUCUCUCUCUUCCCUCCCUAACGGAGUACUCACUCAGUCCAGCGGACAUGGCAUCUGCAGCAGCGGCACAAGUUCAGUCCACCCCAGCUUCAGCUCCACAGCUGCAGAGGGGAAUAGUGAAGACGGUCUUGUCUGGUUGUGCUGUCAUUGUUAGGGGUCAGCCGCGAGGAGGGCCCCCUCCAGAACGACAGAUCAACCUGAGUAACAUCCGAGCCGGAGCUCUCGCCCGUCGCGCAAUUCAGGGUCAACCAGACACCAAGGACACGCCAGAUGAGCCAUGGGCUUUCCAGGCAAGAGAGUUUUUGCGCAAGAAGGUAAUCGGCAAAGAAGUCUGCUUCACCGUGGAGAAUAAAACCCCUCAAGGCAGGGAAUACGGCAUUGUCUUCCUGGGAAAAGACACCACAGGAGAAAAUAUUGCAGAGUCCCUGGUGGCCGAAGGUCUUGCCGCAGUUCGCAGAGAAGGCAUCAGAGGAAACAAUCCUGAUCAGGUUAGACUGUGUGAUUUGGAGGACCAAGCCAAGGCUGCUAAAAAGGGUCAGUGGUCUGAGGGUGGAGGCUUGCACACUAUUCGAGAUCUGAAGUAUACCAUCGAGAACCCUCGCAAUUUUGUGGACUCCCUCCAUCAGAAACCAGUCAACGCCAUUAUUGAACAUGUGCGUGAUGGCAGCAUGUUACGGGCGCUGCUUCUGCCCGACUACUAUCUGGUGACUGUCAUGCUGUCUGGAAUCAAGUGCCCUACGUUUAAACGGGAGGCAGAUGGCAGCGAGACCCCUGAGCCCUUUGCAGCAGAAGCAAAGUUCUUCACAGAGUCUAGGCUUCUUCAGCGAGAUGUACAGAUCAUUUUGGAGUCUUGUCCCAACCAGAUAAUUCUGGGGACCAUCUUGCACCCGAAUGGGAACAUCACAGAGUUGCUGUUGAAGGAAGGCUUUGCUCGUUGUGUGGACUGGUCCAUGGCUGUGUACACCCAGGGUGCUGAGAAACUCAGAGCAGCCGAACGGUCGGCGAAAGAGCGUAAAGUGAGAAUCUGGAAGGACUAUGUUGCUCCCACAGCCAAUCUGGACCAGAAGGACAGACAGUUUGUAGCAAAGGUGAUGCAAGUCGUGAAUGCAGAUGCCAUCGUGGUGAAGCUGAACUCUGGGGAGCAUAAGACCAUCCACCUGUCCAGCAUCAGGCCCCCGAGGCUUGAAGGCGAGGAGAAGAACAAGGACAAAGACAAGCGUUUCCGUCCACUCUAUGACAUUCCUUACAUGUUUGAGGCACGGGAAUUCUUGAGAAAGAAGCUCAUUGGCAAGAAGGUUAAUGUCACGGUCGAUUACAUCAGAGCUGCCACCAGUGCCAUGGAAACGGGUGGCGUCCCAGCUUUCCCAGAGCGCACCUGUGCUACAGUGACCAUUGGAGGAAUAAACAUUGCUGAGGCUCUGGUCAGUAAAGGUCUCGCAACCGUGAUCAGAUACCGUCAGGACGACGAUCAAAGAUCUUCCCAUUACGACGAGCUCUUGGCGGCAGAGGCAAGGGCGAUCAAGAACGGUAAAGGACUUCACAGCAAGAAAGAAGUGCCCAUUCACAGGGUGGCAGACAUUUCAGGGGAGACACAGAAGGCGAAACAGUUCUUGCCAUUCCUGCAGAGAGCGGGCCGCUCGGAGGCUGUGGUGGAGUACGUGUUCAGUGGCUCCAGACUCAAGCUCUACAUGCCCAAAGAAACAUGUCUCAUCACCUUCCUGCUCGCUGGCAUCGAGUGUCCCCGAGGGUCUCGAAACAUGCCAGGUGGGAUGCAGGUGGCAGAGCCGUACAGUGAGGAAGCCACAAUCUUCACCAAAGAGCUGGUUCUUCAGAGAGAGGCAGGACACACUCUGGGCGGCUGAGUUCCUCUGGGAGAGCUGCUGUGGAAGAGUCACAUUAGAGAUUUCUCCUCACCACACACAUGCUCAAACUGUAGCACAUGUCAUAAACUCUGCCAGUGGCGUUUAAUUUCAACCGAAUGUUGCCGUUAAUGCAUAUUUGAAGCAUGGCAAAUAUUUCCGAUUUUUGUUCUGUUUGUCCUGCGGACAUGAUUUUUGAAGUAUUAAUGUGCUGGAACUGAGUUCAUAAGCAUGAGAUUUGUCUCCGUACUUAUCAAUUUGGUU